UUUGGUUGCUGUCAGUGAAAUGUGAAUCGUUUUAUUUUGUUUAAAAGACAAAAUAAUCUGAGUAUAGUGAGUAUUCUAUAUUCACGGGAUAUACUGUGAUAUAUUAUUUUGAAAAUGUCUGGCAGUAGAACUGAUAUUUUUACUCUGAUUACUGUACCAGCAAACACAAACAUCUCAGCGAUGGACGUAGUACCUUCCAAUGCUGAAACCCCAAAUAAAGAUGACAAAAAUACGCCUAGAAGUAGAACGAAUAUCCCUGUAAACUUUAAAUUAUCGCUGAUUGCCGAAGUGAAGAAACAUGACAUUGUCUGGCAAGACCGGAAACAGAAGAAGAAUAUUGAUCUGUGGAAUGACGCCUGGUUAAAGAUCCGUAAAGCGCUUCACAUUAAAAAAACAGGAUUCUGCGAGAAGCAAUGGAAGCUACUGUGCCACGGAUACCGGAGCCACAUCAACAGGAACACGCCCAUGCAUAUAGACCUCAUCAGGGAGAUGGCCUUCAUGGCGCCGCAGCUCAAGAAGUCAUGUCCAGACAACGAGCCGUCAGACAAUGAAAUGGGAGACCCUGGGUCUCCGGUCAAAAAUAAAGCUCCUCAACAAAAUCAUAUUCAAACUUCAAAACCAAAGAAGGUCGCGCAACAAAACAGCUGUUCGGGUUCAGACACCGAGUGCAGCGAGGACGAGCGUGCGUCCAUUGCCAUCCUCAAGUUGCUGUUCUCGAACGUACCGCCUGAAGCCAUGCGAGCGGUGAAGCAGGGGCUCGUCGAAACGCUUAAUAAGAUUGUGCCGGAAGUACAGGCGAAAAUAUUGAACCACGCCAAGGAGCAGCUCGCGAAGUGCGGAGACUUCAGCAAAAUCGACUGGACGAUGCUCGACGUACCUGUGGAAGUCAGCAAAGCCGUUUGGGAGCACAGAGUCAUGAAAAUGGUGCUUACGGACUAAUUAUGAAAGAUAUACUUACUUAGGUACAAUGUACAUAAUAUAUGUUACUUGUAAGUGUUUGUUAAUAUUUCAGUGUUUGCGAGAUGUGAUUAUUGAAAAUGUGAAUUUGUGUAAUACCAGGGGGGUGUCGCUGCGCAGUUUCGGUAUAUUUGGCCGGCGCACCGCCCGGGCAGGUGUAUGGCAGUGGGCUGCCGCUCGCGCAAAAUUGAAAAUACGCAAUGGCUUCGAAUCCUAAAUCGCGAUCUAAUCUGUAAAAAAGAUAAUGUUCUGUUUACGGAUGUCUGAAUAAACGGAAGAACAAGGAAGCAGAAAAAAACUUUUUUUUUAAAUUCCGGACUACAUUGACCGACAUAUUUUCAAAGGAAUAAGUACUUCUGUGGCAUACCUACUUACGUGAGAAUCAGACAUACUAUCUCCGGUUAAAAAUUUUAUGUUUACGUUUGUAAUUCCUACAUAUUUAUCUUAAAAAUAAUAAAUCAGUAGGUAUAGGUACAAAAACUUGGCAAGUGACAACCCCUUGCCGACACUCGCAGCUCGGUCAUAAAACUGCGGCGCGCAAAGAAGAUUCACGGUUCGUGCG